AUGGAGUUGUACUCAUUGAAGCCAAAGAACUUCAAACUUGUCAACCUGAGGACAAUUGAUCUGUCUGAGAGAAGCGAUGAAGGAAACAUGCACAUGAUAUCGUCCUUCAACGGACUUAUUUGCUGCAAAAAUUGGGUUUAUGAGAACGAGUUAUGGGAUCUAAAGAUAUGGAUUUGUAAUCCGUGUACAGGGGAAACUCUCCUUCUUCCCCAAGGGAGACCCUCAUUUGGGUUUGUGCCGAUUGUUGGAGUAGCUUAUGGGUCCGACAUCAGUGACUACAAAGUUCUGCGCUGGAAAGAAACGUCGUGA